CCUCUCUCCUUUCUUUUCCCUCCCUUCCCUUCCCUUCUCUCCCUUCCCAUGGCCCGCCCCAAGAGGACGAAGCCGCCGCCGCCGCCCUCGCCUAGGGCCAAGGCGGCGGCGGCGCAUCCGUCGCCGUCGCCGUCCCUCCCCGAGGCGCUGCUGCUCGCGACGGUGUACAUGGUCGGCAUGCCCGUCGAGGUCCAGGUCCGCGACGGAUCCGUCUACGCGGGCGUCUUCCACACCGCCUCCGUCGACGGCGGAUACGGUGUUGUGAUAAAGAAAGCACGAAAGAUCGCUAACGGGAAGGAUGAUGCCAAUAUUUCUCUAGGAGCUUUUGUAGAUACUCUCGUUGUUCUCCCAGGUGAUCUUGUUCAAGUCAUUGCAAAGGAUUUUUCACUCCCAACAAAAGAUGUGUGCAUAACUCCUGUUUGUGAUAUGGUCGGGGUUGCAGCUAGUGCAUCUGUGAAGCCUCAAAAUUCACAUGUGAAUGUGUUGCCACUGAAAGAGGAUAAAAAGUGCAGCAUGCCAGGUCAGGAGAGCGACAUCUCCAUUGGAAAAAGUACUCCAGGGCCACGUCGCUCUUGUAAUGAGUUAAUGGGUUCUUCAUUUGUUGGAUCAAAAGAUGGAAAUGCUAUAAAUGCAGUUUUGACUACACCCACAAUGGCUUCAGAUGUGAAAGUCUCUCCUCCAGCCAGUUCAGCUGCUAAAACUGCCAUGCCGAGCAAACCCAUUGCUAAGGAAUCCAAACUCAACCCAUGUGCUAGGGUCUUCUCUCCUUCUUUUGCAAGUUCCAGACCAGUACUUGCAGCUGCACCCCCGGUUAACUCAAUCUACAUCUCAAACUCUGUAGCUGGAGUUCCAACUGGUUUACCUGUAUUUGAAACUAACUCAGUGUCAGGCGGUCCAUCUCUGUCCACAAAGUUUGUACAUUAUAAUAACCUGGCUCCCGCCAACUAUGCUAUUUCACCUCAAUAUAUUCAGUCAACCAUGGGGCAUAAUGUGACCAGGCUAGAUCCUGCUAGAAUUGGUACACCUUAUCAUCCCAUGCAAGUGGGGCACGCUUGCAUUAGUCCUAGUCCUCAGCCUGUUGCUGGUGGGAAGUUUAAUCAUGUUGUUUAUGUACACCCAUUUUCUCAGGAUGUAAUGCACGGAACACCUGUUAUUUCCCAAGGAUGGUCUCUUCCUGCAUCGUUGAACUCACAUCAAGCUAGCCCCCAGAAGUUUCAAGGCACAACCCCUGUAUAUGUAGCUCCACCUGUCAUGGCAACUGGGAACCUGCCAUUGGUGGUACCAAGCCCUGCACCGCUUGUGCAGCCAUUCCAGGUCGCUCGUCCCAUCAUGGUUCCUGCUGCAAGCAGCAUGGUUCCAGGCAAAUACAUGUAAACUUGUCAUAGCAGUGUGAUAACAGUUUUUGUUGGAAGAAUCUUGGUUUUACCCCUUUGUCCUUUGGGGUUUACAUCUAAGAGGACCCGCAGUUUUGCCUUAUUUGUUAAUUCUCUUGCUAGUUGCUGGUCUGUGUCCGUCUUUUUGUUGGAAGGACUUGCAACUUUUACCGUUCUUAAUGCUUUGGCAUGGUCAUUUUUUUUUUUUGGGUCAUUGGGAUGGGGAUGGUUCCAUGAGAGCAGUAAAAUGAAAUAGAGAAGAUCGAAGCAUUUUUUUCGUCAUGUCAAAUGCCUUAUCCAAUUUUUAAGAGUAGCAUGUACUAGGUACACUGAGGCACUGUAAAAGAGUUAGAUAGCAAAUUGAUUGUUUUCACAGGGCUAA